AUAUUACAUGGAUAAUGGAUUAGACCACACCCCAUUUUAUCUUCCCUUUAAUUGGGCAUCGUUUUCUUCCAUUUCUUUUUUGUUCCAGUAAUCUAAUCCCCCUCUCCUUCCCCUUUUCUGAUCUUUAAUCUCUGGUCGCAACCGCAAGCAUCCGUUGAUCCAUACGCAUGGCCAGAACGGGGAAUAAAAACAUACAUGCAAAGCUGGUUUUUCUCGGAGACAUGGGAACUGGGAAAACUAGUUUGGUAUUAAGAUUUGUCAAAGGCCAAUUUUUCGAUUACCAGGAGUCAACCAUUGGAGCAGCCUUUUUUACUCAGGUAUUAUCAUUAAAUGAAGCCACCGUGAAGUUUGAUAUAUGGGACACAGCAGGACAAGAAAGAUAUCAUAGCUUGGCUCCUAUGUACUAUCGUGGUGCUGCUGCCGCGGUUGUGGUGUAUGACAUGUCAAGCAUUGAUUCAUUCGUUAGAGCCAGAAAAUGGGUUCAAGAGCUGCAAAGACAAGGGAAUCCGAAUUUGGUAAUGAUAUUGGCCGCGAACAAGGCUGACUUGGAUUCUAAAAGACAGGUGGAGAAUGAGGAAGGUGAGAAAUAUGCUCAAGAAAAUGGGUUGUUUUUCAUAGAAACAUCCGCAAAAACUGCACAAAAUGUUAAUGAACUCUUCUAUGAAAUAGCAAAGCGAUUGGCAAAAGCUUGCCCUCCACGCUCUACUGGGAUAAAUCUGCACAAUGAAACACAAGAAAGGGGAAGAAGACUAUUUUGUUGCUCAGGGUGACAGCUACCAAGUCAAGAGGUUUAUCUUGGGCAUGUACUUCGUUCAAUUAUAUGCAACUCCAUAUGACGCUGCCUUGCUUGAGAACGAAGAGCGUUGUGGCUGAUCAAAAUUCAAUGGCUGAGUAACAAAAACACAGUGCUUGUCUUGCGAUUACUCGUAUGAACAAUCCAACAUUCCUUAAACAGCUUGGUGAACCUUUUUACAUGGUUUACAUUUUACUUUUGUAUGCCUCCAAAACUAAUUUAUUUUAUUUCUCAAUAAUUUAAGUUACUGUUUAUUUAUUCUA